GCACCUGGUACGUGUCACCGUGUACAAUGGGUGUCAACAUUGAGACAAUUAUUCCUGGUGACGGUAAAACGUUCCCCAAACGGGGUGACACGGUCACAAUUCACUACGUUGGCACACUAGAAAAUGGCACCGUCUUUGAUUCGAGCAGAGAUCGUAAAGACCCUUUCGUGACACAAAUAGGCGUCGGUAAGGUGAUCAAGGGAUGGGAUGAAGGCGUGCCGCAACUAUCGCUCGGCCAGAAGGCCAACUUGAUAGCCAGCUCUGAUUAUGCCUAUGGAGCACGCGGAUUUCCGCCCGUCAUUCCACCGCACUCGACCUUGAAAUUUGAGGUUGAAUUGUUGAAGAUCAAUUAAUGACUUUUAAAUGACGCGGCGUGUACGAGCUUACUUUCGGCAUUUGUGACUGCCUUUCUGUACCAUUCAAUUGUAUGUUCAUGCAUUUUGGACUGUUUCGUGAUUUCGCAAUGGAAAUAUUUGUCAGAUC